UGCGGCGGCGGCCGAUGACGGGGGGGUGACGCGGCGGAAGCGCGUCGCGGCGUCGCCUUCCGCUGCCCGCCCGGCCCAAGGUGCCUGCGGAGCUCGGCGGGGCCGGCGGGGCCGUCCGUGGGCGCCGCGCGCCAUGAUGGUGGGCAGGACCAGCGCCAUCGCCGCGGGGCUCUGCGGGGCGCUCUUCAUCGGGUACUGCAUCUACUUCGACCGCAAGCGGCGCAGCGACCCCAACUUCAAGAGCCGGCUGCGGGAGCGAAGGAAGAAACAGAAGCUUGCCAAAGAGAGAGCAGGGCUUUCCAAGUUGCCUGAUCUGAAAGAUGCUGAAGCAGUUCAGAAGUUUUUUCUUGAGGAGAUCCAGCUUGGCGAGGAACUACUAGCUCAAGGUGAAUAUGAGAAAGGUGUUGAUCACUUGACCAAUGCCAUUGCUGUGUGUGGACAGCCGCAGCAGCUACUACAAGUUCUACAGCAGACUCUUCCACCACCAGUGUUUCAAAUGCUUCUAACUAAGCUCCCUACAAUAAGCCAGAGAAUUGUAAGUGCACAGUGCUUGGCUGAAGAUGAUGUUGAAUGAGGUCACACCACAACAGGGGGAAAAAGUGUUUUCUUACCCCAGAAGAUGAGCAUCAGUAGGGGGAUAAAGGGGCAAACAUAGUAGUUAAUGGACUGUGUACCACAUCGGGUUCUACCAGAGUUAAAUUAACUUUGUGUAGGUGGGUUUCGCAGGAUUUUAUUUAUUACCCCAGUGAAAAGUGUAUUUUGAUAAGAAUUCAUUUUAUAAAUACACUGUGUUGAGUUAUCAAAGUAUCACUAACUUCAUUAUUAAAAUAUGCAGUUGUAAUGUUGUACAUAUAAAGACAUAAAACUACAACCUAUUGAAAACCCAAUGCUCAUUUUUGAAAAAAACAAAGCAAAGUUAUGGCAAUAAAGAUUUAUCUGCA